CAUCGCCAUCGUAAUCAUCGUCUUCUCUCAGAAGGCAGUGAAGGGUACCGGUAUCGGAUAGAGUCGGGAAGUUAUCUCUGAAGUACUUGCAAUCUGUCACUUUGGACUAGAGUUGUACCAUAACGAAACCUCUAUCUUUAAAUCUGGACCUCCUUCCAUCGUUCCUCAACAACCCGGUGGUGAUAAAGAGACUGCAUCAUGGCCACGGUAGAGGCCCUUCAGGAGUUGCUGGAUUCCUUGCUGCAAAGAGCCGAAGAAGACGAAGAAUGUCUCCGUUCCAUUUCCAAGACGGGCAAUGUGAUUAUUCCACCCGAGUCGGCUUGCUUUGCCCAUUGUGCCUACUGCGACAAGUAUCGGCAAGAGCGCUUUCAAAUUACCUGUCGCCGCUGUCAAGGAACCGUCUAUUGCAGCUUUGAUUGUCAAACCAAUGACUGGAAGAAUGGUGUGCAUCGCAAGUUUUGCAGCAAGAUUAGUCGCUUAAAGAGUCGGGUAGCGGAAUUGAGCAACCAGUACUCGGAGACCAACGGUAUUAUGGAUGUCUUUGAUCGAACGAAUGCCAUGGUCUUUUACUUUGGAGAUCCCGUCCGAGGGCUGGGAACCGUCGGUCAGGAUUUCAUGUGGGAGCGAAUGAAACUGGUCCAUGCGUAUAUGCAACAAGCCACGGAAUCCAUGAUCCCUUCCAACGAACCCAUGGCGCUGUUUUGGAGCGGUCGUCGAACCAGCCACGGAAGUAGAAGACUUCCUUGGAAUCAUCGAUUGCCACCAGAGCCUUCGCAGAGCCAUGAGAACACCAACAACAACACCGACAAUACAAACAACAACACUUUGAUUCAUCCACCACCUCGUUGGAAUCGGUUGGCACUGGAGCUGGUAUUGGAACAUUGCUUGGAUUUGCUGCAUCUGGAUCCAGUCGAAGCCGAUAGUUGCACAAGAACACUCGUCGCCCACUGUCUCUUGAUUCUGGAACGAUAUCAACAGCUGUACGACUUUGUCAAGUAUUGGAACAUUAUCCCUCGCAGACUUCGAUCCAUCAAACGGAAUUAUCCAGCCUUUUCCGAGUUUGAUGAAAUCUUGAAUCAUACCGCCCUGGAACCCAGCACGUUUUUAAGAAUCCAAUCACCCCAGAAUUUCUUGGAAGAUCAGUCCAACUUGGUGUUGCGUGCCCCGGCAACAAGACCCAACGAUGACAACAUGAUAACACUAUCAUUCCCCGGUCCAUCGCAAAGCGAAGUGGUGUCCGUCAUGUACUUGGCAUUGGCCAAACUGCACGUGUGCCAAGCCGUCCGGGGGAUCCGAUUGGUGGCCACCAGCGCCAUUCCAUCCAUUCAAUCCGAUCUCAUUCUGGCCCAUAUAGGGAGUUUCUUGGGCGUCGAUGCGGACUGGCUCGUUCCAGAUUCGGAAGAUAUCCUCCAACGUCACUGUCACGAGCUCUUGUCGUUUGCCAAUGAGAGCAUUCCACGGUUCCUACAAGAUUUGGUGGCAUGCCCCUUGAGACCCUACAAAGACGACGAUAGCACGACCACUUCUUCCAUUUUUGACGACACGUCCAAUAUUGUCCGGCUCCCAUCCAUUAAUUUGGUUAUUCUCAAGGCAGCUUGGAUGGAUCAUGAAUUCUCAUGGAAGUUCCUUCUCGACUACGUAGAAUCAUCACCCCACAAUCAUCACCAAGUGCCUCGACAUGAAUUCCUGCAACAAGUAUUUGACCGGGUCUCUCAUGAGGCGUACAGUCGAGACCGAACAGCUGACGUGGGACGAGAUCACUGGGAACAGGUCAAAGAUACUCCUCCAGUCCGCCAACUCCUCAAUGAAAUGGAUGGUGGCAAUCAGUUGCUCGAGUUUGAGUUUUCGGUCACGCGGAUAGUCUCACUGCUCGAAAAAGAGGGCCACAAUACACCUGAAAAUUUACAACUGCUGCUGGGCGACAAUGUCGAUUGCCAGUCGGCAUUCGACGCCAAUCGACAAUUGGCUUGCCGGUAUUUGCAGUACGUGCGAUUCUUCCCCGAUGUGGUCGCAUUCACCACGGCGCACGAGAUAUGGAUUCCAGAGGAUUCGGUCGACACAGACAACUUUCAAGAAGUCGUGCGGCAACUGAAGGAAAAGACAUUGGAUUCCGAAGCGAAUUUGAAACUCUUGUUUGGAGAGGGAGGACGAGUCUCGGAUUUGCUGCUGAUAUAUAGUCUGCUAAUGGGCCAAUAGGAUGCAAUUUUUUGAGAGCAAG